GUGAACAAAAUGGCAGCCUCCAUGCCGCGGGGAUUGUCUUGCUUACCUAGGGCUUUAGGACGGUGGUCUCGGCAGCCAGUCCUGGUGACUCAGUCCACAGCUGUAGUUCCAGUGAGAACUAAAAAACGUUUCACACCACCUACUUAUGAAUCUAAAUUCAAAUCAGAAAAGGAGUUUGUAGAGCAUGCCCGGAAAGCAGGACUGGUCAUUCCCCCCGAACGUUUGGAGCGCCCCAUACAUCUGGCCUGUACAGCUGGUAUCUUUGACGCCUAUGUUCCUCCAGAGGGUGAUGCUCGAGUGUCAUCUCUUUCAAAGGAAGGACUGGCACGGAGAGCUGAGCGAUUGAAGAAGAAUGUGGCAUCACAAUUGUCAAUCCGGAGGAUAAGAGAAUGUGAUGCUAAUUUUAAAAUAAAGGACUUCCCUGAAAAAGCUAAGAAUAUCUUCAUUGAAGCUCACCUUUGUCUAAACAACUCAGACCAUGACCGGCUUCAUACCUUGGUAACUGAAAACUGUUUUCCGGACAUGGUCUGGGACCUCAAAUAUAAGACCGUGCGCUGGAGCUUCGUAGAAUCUUUAGAGCCACCUCUGGUGGUUCAGGUUCGCUGUUCAAAUCUGCUGAACCAGGGCAACAUGUACGGCCAGAUCACCGUCCGCAUGCACACCCGGCAGACUCUGGCCAUCUAUGAUCGGUUUGGCCGAUUGAUGUAUGGACAGGAAGAUGUGCCCAAGGAUGUCCUGGAGUAUGUUGUUUUUGAAAAGCACCUGGUAAACCCCUAUGGGAGCUGGAGAAUGCACGGCAAGAUUGUCCCACCAUGGGCACCCCCUAAGCAACCCAUCCUUAAGACGGUGAUGAUCCCUGGUCCCCAGCUGAAACCUUGGGAAGACUAUGAAGAGCCACAAGGAGAGGCCCAUAAGCCUCAGCUAGCCUGAUGGCAAAAAUGGUUCCUGAGGUGAAGCAUGGGUGAUGAGGUGGCUGGAAGCUGUGAAGUCAUCCAUCUCCAUCACGCUGUAGAAAGAACUAAGUUUGUUUUCUCCUGUCCUGCUUGGGUCUUUUCAGUAGUCUCAUCUUUAAUAACCACAGCUGAUGGCUGGGCUCAGGAGGGUGGCAGCUGUGCAUAGCAAUAGACCCACUUCUUUUUAAAAUUUUAUGUCUAGCCUCUGAGUCUAGAUGAAAGAUGGUAUGUUACAGAGAACAUCUGAUACGGGUUUUUCCAUAGCAGGGACUGUCAGGAGCAAAUUGGCAGAACAGGGCAGGGAUCAGAGUUUGAAAUAAAACACUAUCAGGGUGUUGGACAAAUUGUGGUGGGUUCUAUACAUUUCUCCUGGUUCAGGCUGGAAGCAGAUUCACCUUCAAAUGGCAGAAAUGGAAGAAAAGCUGACUUAUGAGUGAUAUGACUUCCAGGAAAUCCAGACUUGGGAAAAAUAAUUAGUGUUUAGAAAAGAUGGUGUAAUUUAAGAGGGUCUUGUCUCAUACACUGGCCCACUGAAUCAGCAUUUGUAUUUCAUAGAAGGAUGUAAAUCCAGAGAAAUCAUUUAUCCCUUGGCCUUUGGAUUGUGUUCUUAGUUAUCAGCUGCAUCCUGGUG